GGGCCUCAGCCAUGGCUACCACGAUUUCCUUACGAAAACAUAUCAAGGCCGGACGGCGUCGAUUGAUGGUAAGCCGAUGAAGGCAAAGGGCAAGGAUAUGAGCCCCGUCGAUUGGUAACAGUCAUCAACGGCAUCCGCGCCGCCCGGCCUACCGUGCCGGAGGGUCGACUAUUAUAUGCAAGGGUAGGCUUGGUCCAUACGGAAACGCCAACGGUCUUUUGACAACACGGUCUUCCACUCGCACAAGUAGUAUCAUCAUUGCCGCAAACGUGCCGGAUCAUCGGUGCUUUCAGUGGCUCUCUCAUCUAGAGCAAUCUAUGUUAGAAGUUUAAGCUUCCAAAAACACAGGCGCGGUGGGCGACCAAAUCUCGUAUCGAGUCAUGCUAACCCACUGCACUUCAUGGUGUAAUUUGACACCCGCUCAGAUGAUAGUAGCUCUGGAGACUACUGACUCGUUUCCACAUCUCACACAAGGUCGAAGCUAUAUCAAUUCAGUCUCGGUCUCUUCUGCCCCAGGAGACUUUUAAGCUAUUGAAGGCUUGAAGCUAAAGUUCAACAACUCUAUCCUCAUUACGAGCUUAUCAUUGCGGCCAUCGAAAGUCAAAAUGAAGUUAUCGCUCCUAGCUACAAUCGCGGCAGUUGCCAUUACCUCUACGGAGGCAUGCGCCAAGUACAAGACUUGCUGGUGCGAGAGAAGCAACUUCAUGUACGAGGGCAGACUGCAGGAUAACAUCCCCUGGGACGAAGACACAGUCAAGGCCUGCGUGGACCCCGGAAAAGUAGGAUACUAUGGGCAGAACUUUAAGGAGUGCCACCGAUACAAGAAGUCGUUCUUCGCUUUCAUUCCCUCCAAGGCCAUCAACAACUGCGAUUGGACCAAGAAAUGCCAAUCAGUCGGUGCUACGACCGGAUACUGCCGCGAGAAGAUUUAGAUACCCC